UCGAAAAUAAUCGAAGCUAUAUAUCGAUUUAGAAAUGUAACUACAGAGUAUGCCCUCUAGAUGGAAACAUAGUAUAGACUCUUUUAGCUGCACGAUUUACGAUGACGGAGACGAAAGAAGCCAAGGAAACAACAGUGAAGUCCCAGGAGAACAAAAAUGCUUCUGUGGACAAAAAGGGUAGAAAGGGAGGUCGCAUCAGACCAAGAAAUUAUGAUUUAGGAAAUGGUGUUUAUAGAUUCAGUCGCACUCGCAUGUUCCACAAGAAGGCUAUUUAUAAAUUUCUUGAUAAGAAAACUCCAAAAACUUUCAAGCCCAAGAAACCAGUAACCAUUGAGAAGAAAAUUAGUGGCGAUAAAAAUGGGGAGAAACGUAUUGUAUUGUUAAAGAAGAGACGUGCUAACUAUCCAACUGCAGACCCUGUGACUGUACAUCAUGCUAAAAAAUGUUUCCGUGAUCAUCAACGUUAUUUGAGGCCAUCUUUAAAACCAGGAACAAUUUGCAUCUUGCUUGCUGGUGCUCAUAAAGGGAAACGAGUUGUUUUGUUGAAACAACUCAAGAGUGGCUUACUUCUUGUUACCGGUCCAUUCCUGAUUAACGGUUGUCCUCUUAGAAGAGUUAGUCAGAAUUAUGUGAUUGCAACUUCUACUCGUAUUAACAUCUCAGGCUUAAAACUCCCGGACCAUGUUAAUGAUGAUUACUUUAAGAGGAAACGUGAAAAGCGUGCAAAGAAAGAAGAAGGUGAUAUUUUCGCCAAGAAAAAGGAUGAAUACAAAGCAAGUGAACAAAGAAAAACAGAUCAGAAAGUAAUUGAUAAAUUUGUAAUUUCUGCCGUUAAAAGGAAUAAGGAGAAAAAGUUGUUGUUUACUUAUUUGUCUGCCAUGUUUGGCUUAAGAAGUAGCCAAUAUCCACACAGGCUAAAGUUCUAAUCUUUUAUGAUUUGAAUACAAAUAUACAAUAACUACUGAAAUA